AUGACCUGGCACCUCCGCCUAGGCCACCCAGGACCCAGGGUAUUAGAACACCUGGUCAAUCACUCCCUGGGCGCACGCAUCAAAGGCAUUACCACCGUCCAAUGCGACGGGUGUGGGCAAGGCAAGGCUAAACGCCAGAUUAGUCGUGCAACAAGGACUACAGAGAUGGAACCUGGAGACCGGUCACCCAAGUAUAUCCUCGAUUGGAAGUCACCGUACGAGCGGUUCCACGAAGGUCUGGCAGGCAAGGACAACGACAGCCCGACCAGAAUACAACGACCGAAUCAGAGCCACCUCAAGGUCUAUGGGUGCAAGGCAUUCGCGCUGACGCGUGGCUCUCUCAAAGGCACUGAAAGGACCAGGAAGCUGGCUCCCCGUGCAUGGAUCGGAUACCUCGUUGGCUACGAUUCCUCGAACAUCUUCCGUAUCUGGAAUCCUGUCACUAAUCAGGUCGUUCGCACACGCGAUGUUGUCUUCAACGAGGAGCAGGUGUUCUCAGGAUCAAUUGACAUGAUCAAGAACGACCUUGCACAAGUCGACCUCGAACAACUGAAAGAAUGGCUCAACGCCAACACGACCGAGGACAAGAGCAUCGCAGAGGAGGAAGAAGAGGAAGAUAGCGAGGCACAAAGCACAGGCGCCACUGUGGUAUCAACAACCGCAGCCUUCGAAGAUGAGGGGGUGACAGAGGUGAUCGACGAAGAGGAGGAAGAAAUACUGGACAGUAUCACCGUCAAAGGCGACCAUACAUCCACCUUCGAAGACUUCUACCCGACACCACCACAAACGCCGCCCCCAGGCGACCUGCUUGCCGCAGCUUUCCACGGCAUGAGAAUCUCCAAGUACACUAGCCCACCAGUACGACGUCGCCGUAGAGUUGAGCCGUGGCACGCAGUUUUCCACGCAGGCACACAAUCGUCGCCCACAGUAGUGGAGAGCACCCAGGCCACCAGGGCCGAGGUCGCCCGAAGGCAACGAAAGCCACCACGCCAGAGCGCGGGCUCCGCAACCAUCACCAUAGCUGAGAUCAACGUGGCCAGGGCACAGCCAGGCAGUAUCAACAACCUCCAUCAAUCUCAGCUUCCGGCCCCACCAAAACGGCAUCAUGACCUCGUCGAGCCGCACUUCCCAGUCAUCAACCCACGAAAAGGGAAGCCACGACACCAGCGGCACCCACUGGCCGACCUAUUCCUCCAGGCCGAACGAGACCACCUGCAAAGCCAUGAGAAAACAGGGUCCUGGGAGGAAGUGUCGCGCCACAGCGACCAAAUACAGGGCAAUCAAAUCCUCGAUUGCAUGUGGGUUUACACCUACAAAUUCAACACUCGCGGCUUCCUGGCCAAAUGCAAGGCGAGGUUAGUUGUCCGUGGGGACCAACAGAGGGUCAAUCAUGCCGAGGAGAACUACGCGGCCACUCUCGCAGUGCGGUCCUUCCGGGCAGUCCUGGCCCUAGCCGCCCGCUUCGACUUGGAACUCAAGCAAUUCGAUGCAGUCAACGCUUUCGUCAAUGCCAAAAUAGACGAGGAUGUCUAUAUGGAGAUGCCCACAGGCUACCGGAGGCCAAGCAGGGUCCUCAAGCUCAAGAAGGCACUUUAUGGGCUCAGGAAGUCUCCCCUCCUCUGGCAAAAGGAAUUGACAGCUACGUUGACCAAACUCGGCUUCAAGGCUCUACCCCACGAGCCCUGUAUGAUGAUACGGAAAGGAUGCCUCAUCUUCUUCUACGUGGACGACAUCGUCGUCGCGUAUCGCAAAAACGACAGCCAUAUCGCCAACGCAGCGAUCAGUGGGCUAAAGGCCAAAUACGAGCUCACUGGUGGCGAGGACCUUCGCUGGUUCCUAGGCAUUGAAAUUCACCGCGACCGCGCGAGACGCUACAUCUGGCUGUCCCAGACGGCUUACAUCGACAAGAUCGCCGAGUUGGCGCAGUCUGACGACCUCCCCCGCACACCAAUGGGCCUGCGAGAGCUUCCGCCAUACGAAGGGAUCGCGACGAGGCAAUCAACCCGCCUGUACCAGCGAAAGGUCGGUUCCAUCCUUUAUACCGCGGUCAUCACCCGCCCCGAUGUGGCCUUCGCAGUCGCCCGGUUGGCCAGGUUCAAUCAAAACCCUGGACCAGAACAUCACCGCGCGGCGGACCAGGUCCUGCGAUACCUGCAUGUAACAAGGUCUCUGGCUCUGAGGCUAGGCGGUGGCGACUACCUCCGAGUGGCCAGCGAUGCCUCUUUUGCCGACAACUCCAUCGACCGAAAAAGCUCACAGGGCUACGCAAUUACCUUGUUCGGAGGUCUCAUCGCCUGGCGCGCCAGCAAGCAAGACACAGUAACCACCUCAACCACCGAGGCAGAACUCCUCGCCCUGGCGCAAGCGGCCAAAGAAGGACUGUUUAUCCAACGACUGAUCGCUGAAAUGGCGAUCAAACUCGACGACGACGUCCUGGUUCUCGAAUGCGACAAUACCAACACAAUCUCCCUUGUGACGAAAGAAAUCGCCGUCCUCCAAACGAAGCUCCGGCACGUGGACAUCCACAACCACUGGCUCCGACAAGAAUAUCAACGCGGGAAGAUCCACGUAAAAUACGUGCCUUCCAAGAAAAUGGUGGCCGACGGCCUGACCAAGGCGCUCAACGCAGACAACCACCAGGAGUUCGUCAGGAUGCUGAAUUUGGAGGACAUCCAGUUACUCACUUGA